GGCUCGCGCGCGCGGGCCCCGCCAUGGAGGUGGAAGAGGCAUUCCAGGCUGUGGGAGAGAUGGGCAUCUACCAGAUGUACUUGUGCUUCCUGCUGGCCGUGCUGCUGCAGCUCUAUGUGGCCACAGAGGCCAUCCUCAUUGCGCUCGUGGGGGCCACACCAACGUACCACUGGGACCUGGCAGAGCUCCUGCCCAACCAGAGCCACGGCAACCAGUCAAUUGGUGGAGACCAGGCCUUCAGAGACUGGCUACUGACCGCCAAUGGCAGCGAGAUCCACAAGCAUGUGCAUUUCAGCAGCAGCUUCACUUCCAUCGCGUCCGAGUGGUUUUUAAUCGCCAGCAGAUCCUACAAAGUCAGCGUUGCCAGCUCCUUUUUCUUCAGUGGUGUGUUUGUUGGAGUCAUCUCCUUUGGUCAGCUUUCAGAUCGCUUUGGAAGGAAGAAGAUGUAUCUCACAGGUUUUGCUCUUGACAUCUUAUUUGCUAUUGCAAAUGGAUUUUCUCCCUCGUAUGAGUUCUUUGCAAUAACUCGCUUCCUGGUGGGCAUGAUGAAUGGAGGGAUGUCGCUGGUGGCCUUUGUGUUGCUAAACGAAUGUGUGGGCACCGCCUACUGGGCACUUGCAGGAUCGAUUGGCGGCCUGUUCUUCGCAGUUGGCAUCGCUCAGUACGCCCUGUUAGGGUACUUCAUCCGCUCCUGGAGAACCUUGGCUGUGCUGGUUAACCUGCAGGGAACAGUGGUCUUUCUCUUAUCUUUAUUCAUUCCUGAAUCACCUCGUUGGUUAUACUCCCAGGGUCGACUGAGUGAGGCUGAAGAGGCGUUGUACCUCAUCGCCAGGAGGAACCGCAAGCUCAAGUGUACAUUCUCACUGACAUACCCAGCCAACAGGAGCUAUAGGGAGACUGGGAGCUUCCUGGAUCUGUUCCGCUACCGCAUCCUCUUGGGACACACACUCAUCCUGAUGUUCAUCUGGUUUGUGUGCAGCUUGGUGUACUAUGGCCUAACACUGAGUGCAGGUGAUCUCGGUGGAAGUAUUUAUGCCAACCUGGCCCUGUCUGGCCUCAUAGAGAUCCCAUCUUACCCUCUUUGCAUCUACCUGAUUAACCAAAAGUGGUUUGGUCGGAAGCGGACAUUAGCAGCAUUUCUGUGCCUAGGAGGAUUGGCUUGUCUUAUUGUAAUGUUUCUUCCAGAAAAGAAAGACACAGGUGUGUUUGCAGUAGUGAACAGCCAUUCCUUGUCCCUGCUGGGAAAACUGACAAUCAGUGCUGCCUUCAACAUCGUUUAUAUCUAUACCUCGGAGCUGUACCCCACGGUCAUCAGGAAUGUUGGGCUUGGAACUUGUUCCAUGUUCUCCCGAGUUGGUGGCAUCAUUGCUCCCUUCGUCCCCUCACUGAAACAUGUGCAGUCGUCUCUCCCCUUCAUUGUCUUUGGAAUCACUGGCCUGACCUCGGGCCUCCUGAGUUUGCUGUUGCCAGAGACACUCAACAGUCCGUUGCUCGAGACAGUUUCUGACCUUCAAGUGUAUUCCUAUCGGCGGCUGGGGGAGGAGGCACUGUCUCUGCAGGCCCUGGACCCUCCACAGUCUGCCGACAAGGGCAGUACACUGGGGAGUGAGAGUGAGGAAGAGGAAGAGUUUUAUGAUGCAGAUGAAGAAACUCAGAUGAUCAAGUGAGGAGGAUGCCUCCCCCGAAGCAGCCGAUAGUCUUUUCUGCCACUUACCAAGAUGGGCUGUCUGUGAGUCUUGUAAAGACAGGCGAGGCUGGAACUGAGCCGGCACUGAGCAUGGACGGACUUCUACAGCCACAGAGGAGGCCAGAGGAGAGAUUUUACGAGAGAAGCCAUCACUGCCUUGGGGGAGUUGCUGAUAAUUUGUCCAGAACUCAAGUCCAGACUCAUGACUUCUGGGCGAAUAACUCAAGUCAGCAUUCCGGAAUGGUCAGCUCAUCUGUGUCUAGAAAUGGGAUGAUGUGGCCUUUUCCUUCCUGAAGAUCUAGAAGCAAAUAUGUAAGACCAACCACCUUUCAAGUUUAACCUUCAACAGAUAUGUAAAAUUUCUUACCAUUUCAACAGACCAAGACCAAACCCCUUUUAAGUUUAACUUUGUACCGUCUUUGAUAUCUUUCCCCUUCCAUUCGCCUCACCAGGAAUCUUCAGGGCCCACUGGCAUUAGCACUUCAAUUUUAGGCCCAAGAAAAAGUGCUCAGAGGUCAUGUGUGUGCCCUGAAGCCCUCACCUUGAAUCAGUUGAUGAAAUUUGAGCUCUUGGCUUGGUCCCAGCCUGUUGUUGCUUUGGGCUCCAUGUGCCUUCAGUGCCACAGGAUCCGCACUGUGCAGCUGUACCAAAGCAGUGCGCCAUGAGUCAGGGAUGUGGCCAUGGCUCUGUUACUUGUAUUUGCUACUUAAAUUGUGUGAUUCUUUCAGUUCCUGCUUAUUCCCCACUUCUAGAAAAGUUCCCAUCUAAGGUUCUAGUACCAGCAGUUAGCGUCUAAGUCAUGCUCGCUAAAUGCUAAAGCUUUGCCGAGGAAAGGGGCAGUCAAAAAGUGAUGUGUUCAACAGUUGGGUGUAAAGGGAAAAAAAGGGGGGGGGAGUUUUAAUAAGGGAAGAAAGAAAAUCAUCUUUCCUGAGUUUUUGUUCCUUUCAGUGUUGUGCAAGGAGAGACUUGGGCAACAUUUGAAUGCUUCAGAUCGUGCCCUACCUGUGAUGUCAGAAUGGAGAGCACAGUGAUUUCCUGGGAAAUGUUGACUUUUAUUUAAGUGUUCUCAAUUUCCUAGUAAAUCAGCAUUAUGCUUAGAUCUCUAAAAUCAUGCUGAAAAUAUUUGUCUUCCUGGAAACUUUAAGGCUGUUUCAAGUGGAAGCUUGAGUUAGAAGUCAGCAAGUUUGGGCCUCUGGUGCUUUAGGUCAUGCUCCCAACCAGGCACAUUCCUGCGCUUUCAGAAUUCCCACUGCUAGGCGACUCUUGGUGAGAGAAGAAUUGCAACAGAGGUGAGAAUUGCAACUGCUGCUGCUGCUGCUCCUGGAGGUCCUGAAGGCAUCACCCCACACUGGGUGCAGGUACAAUCCUGUUUUGCCUUGCAGCGAUGGCUCGGUUUGCCAUCUGUACCUUUGUACUUGCUGGAGCACUUCCAUGUACUUUAUGCCCCAGUUGUAUGUUGGGCUCUCCAUCACUGGGUCGUUUCUACUCCUGUUGAUUUCUCCGUGCUGAGCCGAAUUACAAUAAGGACCUAAUAAAUACUAUUGUUUCUACCCGCC